CGCGUCCGCAGCUGCCGGAGUCCCGGGAUCUCCCUGCGUGUCCCUCCCGGUCCCAGUGCGGUCCCCGCGCUCUAGCCCCACCAUGCUCCUGCUUUGGGGGCUGUGCUUGGGGCUUUCUCUCUGCGCGGGGUCGCAGGAAGAGGCACGGAGCUGGGAUGACACUUCGGAGCAAGUUGGACUCAGGGUCCCAAGGCAACUCAGGCUGCUGCAGAGGCUGAAAACCAAGCCCUUGAUGACAGAAUUCUCGGUGAAGUCCACCAUUAUUUCUCGUUACGCCUUCACUACAGUCUCCUGCAGGAUGCUGAACAGGGCUUCUGAGGACCAGGAUGCAGAGUUCCAGAUGCAGAUUCCAGCUUCAGCUUUCAUCACCAACUUCACCAUGAUWAUUGGAGAAAAGGUGUAUCAGGGUGAAAUUACAGAAAAAGAAAAGAAAAAUGGUGAUAGGGUAAAAGAGAAAAGGAAUACAACCACAGAAGAAAAUGAGGAGAAGGGGGCUGAUAUGUUCAGAGCUUCUCUAGUGAUUCCCAGCAAGGACAAAGCCAUCUUCCUCCUGAGUUAUGAAGAACUUCUGCAGAGAAGGCUUGGGAAGUAUGAGCACGUCAUCAGUGUGCGACCCCAGCAGCUGGUUGGGAGACUGAACGUGGAAGUGAAUGUUCUGGAGAGGUCAGGCAUCACGUCCUUGGAGGUGCCCCCACUUCACAACAGCAGGCAGAAGGGCAGUGGGAGAGGGGAAGAUGAUUUGGGGCCACCUCCUUCUACUGUUAUCAACCAAAAUGAAACUUUUGCCAAGGUCGUUUUUAAGCCUACUGUGGUACAACAAGCCAAGAUUGCCCAGAAUGGAAUUUUGGGAGAUUUCAUCAUUCGAUAUGAUGUCAAUAGAGAACAGAGCAUUGGGGACAUCCAGGUUCUAAAUGGCUAUUUUGUGCACUACUUUGCUCCCAAAGACCUUCCUCCUUUGCCCAAGAAUGUGGUCUUUGUUCUUGACACCAGUGCCUCUAUGGUGGGAACCAAACUCCGGCAGACCAAGGAUGCCCUCUUCACCAUUCUCCACGACCUCCGGCCCCAAGACCGCUUCAGUAUCAUUGGGUUUUCCAACCGGAUCAAAGUGUGGAAGGACCACUUGCUGUCCGUUACUCCCCUCAACAUCAGGGACGGCAAGAUCCACAUUCACCAUAUGUCACCCAGUGGAGGCACAGACAUCAACGGCGCCCUUCAGACCGCCAUCGGGCUGCUCAACAACUAUGUGACCCACAACGACAUCGAGGACCGGAGUGUGUCCCUCAUCAUCUUCUUGACGGAUGGGAAGCCCACCGUUGGGGAGACCCAUACCUUCAAGAUUCUCAACAACACCAAGGAGGCUGCCCGAGGUCGGAUCUGUAUCUUCACCAUCGGCAUAGGGAAUGACGUGGACUUCAAACUGCUGGAGAAACUGUCGCUGGAGAACUGUGGCCUCACCCGGCGYGUGCAUGAGGAGGAGGACGCUGGCUCGCAGCUCAUCGGGUUCUACGAUGAGAUCAGGACCCCCCUCCUUUCUGACAUCCGCAUUGACUAUCCCCCUGGCCUAGUGGAGCAUGCCACCAAAACCCUGUUCCCCAACUAUUUCAACGGCUCAGAGAUCAUCAUCGCCGGGAAGCUGGCGGACAGGAAGGUGGAGCAGUUGCCCGUGGAGGUCACCGCCAGCAACAGUAAGAAAUUCGUAGUGCUGAAGACGAAGGUGCCCGUGGAGCCCCAGAAAGUGGGGAAUGAUGUCCCAGGAAGCCCCAGGCCCAAAGGUGAUGGCCAGGGAGACCCCAGCCACAUCGAGCGUCUCUGGAGCUACCUCACCGUGAAGGAGCUGCUGAGCUCUUGGGUGCAGAGUAAUGAUGAGCAGGAGAAGGAGCAGCUGAGGCAGAAGGCCCAGGCGCUGGCCGUGAACUAUCACUUCCUCACUCCCUUCACGUCCAUGAAGCUCAAGAGGCCGACUCUCCACACUGGUGGGCUGGAGGACAUCCAUGGCAUGUCUGCUGCCACAGGCCCUGAGACAGUGAUGCAGAGCCUGUGGGGAGCUGGUCUGCAGCCAGGGCCCACUCUCAUGAAACCAUAUGACCCAAGAAUCAAAAUCUCUAAAACAUCAGUGGAUGGUGACCCUCAUUUUGUGGUGGACUUCCCCCUGAGCAAACUCACCGUCUGCUUCAACAUCGAUGGGCAGCCCGGGGACAUCCUCCGGCUCGUCUCUGAUCACGCGCACUCUGGUGUGACGGUGAAUGGAGAGUUAAUCGGGGCCCCCGCCCCACCUAGUGGUCACAAGAAGCAGCGCACCUACUUCCGCACCAUCACCAUCCUCAUCAACAAGCCGGAGAGAUCAUACCUGGAGAUCACACCCAACAGGGUCAUCCUGGAUGGCAGCGACAGGCUGGUCCUCCCCUGCAACCAGAGCGUGGUGGUGGGGAGCCGGGGGCUGGAGGUGUCUGUGUCUGCCAACRCCAACGUCACUGUCACCAUCCAGGGCACCAUUGCUUUUGUCAUCCUCAUUCACCUCUACAAAAACCCAGCGCCCUUCCAGAGAAACCACCUGGGCUUCUACAUCUCCAACAGCAGGGGCCUUUCUAGCAACUGCCAUGGCCUCUUAGGUCAGUUCCUGAACCAGGACGCCAAACUCAUAGAGGAGCCUGCAGGGCUCAGCAAGAAUCUUACCAAUUCUCCACUCCCGCCAGCAGGAGGGACUUCUGAGACCAUCCUAAAGGUGAAAGGGCACCGAGUCCCGGUUGUGUGGAAACAAAGGAAGAUUUACAACGGGGAGGAACAGAUAGACUGCUGGUUUGCCAGGAACAAUGCCGCCAAACUGAUUGAUGGGGAGUAUAAAGAUUACCUGGCAUCUCAUCCGUUUGACACAGAGAUGACAUUGGGAUYCGAAACCAGCAGCCUUAAUUAAUAAGAGCACGUGAAAGUGAAAUGACUUUGGGGGCCACAGYGGGGCAGCUCUUCUUGUUGCUUGUGCACACCUGGUUCUUACAGUGAGCUGUGCUCCAGAGCUUAUCCCUGCUGGGGUGGAGCUCUGGUGUCUGCUUGGGCAAGGGGCAGGGGCAGGAAGCGCUAGAGAAAAUAUUGUUUCUUUCUCCUUCCUCUCCCCCCUGCCCCACCCCCAUCUACAGUAGAGGAAAAUGGUAGCGCCAAGGAGAGAAAGGUCAUAUUUAAGAGCAAGAAAGUUUGUAUCAUAUACCAUCUGGCUCUCCCAUCUUGUAGCCUACCCUACAGUAAUAUUUUCUGAUGAUGUGAGGUUGCUUGAAACUGUUUUCUCUGUAGAAACAGCCAAGUGCAGGCCCUUUGCUUUUUGCCUUAUAUUCAUGCAUAGAGAUCUCUUCCCUACCCACAACCCCAUUGACCCUGGGCCACAGGCCAUACAGACAGCACAUACAUUGGAUCAUUGUAAAUAAUUAAAUCUUUUUUUUUUUUUUUUUUUUAAGGAGAGGACUUUCCUCUGCUGUGGAAUCUUACCCAUAAAAAUUAAUUUUGUUUUAAAAAUUUUAAAAAACAAAUUUAAAAAUAUUUUUUUAAAUGUAGAAACAUGUACAUCCCAGACGCCAAUCUCUUUCCUUUUAAAGAGCUUUAUAAACCACUUGAUUUUGCUGGUGAAUAUUGGUGCAAUUUAUUCCAAUAAGCUGAGUGCUUUUGAUAAACAGGACAACCCCACGUGGAUGGUGUUUAUUGGCCCGUCUUGGUGCUGGGGAGUUGGCCAGUUGAAAGGCGAAUUGUUAGCUUGGAACUCUUCAGUCUGUCAGGAUUUCUGGGCCAUUUUUUGACCUCACCAUCCAGGAGCUGAUGGAGGGCGCUGGCUGUGAGGUAGAGCCGGCUCAGAGGGAGCCCACAGUCCAGGUGUAGGAAGAAUCAGCUUGCAUGCUGGCAGCAGGAAGGACACACAUGUCAAAAAAUCUAAAUGGACUUCCCACUUCUUAGAUGGGCAAAAACCAGGAGACCAGCAUGAGCAGGGAGCGUUGGUUCCAGAACUUGGGCAAACCUGAUCCCCAAAGGAAAAUGUUAAAAUCAGAGAGGCUGAAAAAAAAAGGGGGGGGGG